GGCAACGAGGAGAUGGAAUAAAAUACAGAGGGGGUGACAAUACAUUACAUGAUUCACGGAUCAGUCGAAAUGACCUCAGAUUGAAACUGUUGCGCAAAAGAUCAUUUAAGCAAAAUGGGGGAGGUAUUGCAGAACGCAAGCAGAUGGUCCCGCGCCCAUAGCUGUCAAAACCUGCUCAUUCUACAGUGAGGUAUCAGAUGUCACAGCAUGAGUUGGAAACAAAUGGGAGUAGCUUCCUGAGAGAAAUGCCUCCCAGGGAUAGUGGAGCUGAUUUGUACCAUGUAAAUUCACAGAGGAACAAAGAAGAGAUGGAUUCCAAGCUAGAUCCCCUGAUAGCUUUCAGAACACUUCUUACGGGCCAUCACCACAAAGAAACUUUGGUGAGCUGCAGUCAGCAUCAUCAUUCAGGCCAGUUGACGCUCAAAGAGCUGGCCAGUUCCACAGAAAUGGUAUGGUUGGUUCAUCUCAGCCAACAGAUUCCUUUAUUUUCAGAACGAAGUCUAACCCUCAAACUGCCAAACCAGUUGGACAGCUUGUGCCAACAAAUUUACAGCAUGCAAAAUUAUAUGGGGGAAGAACCUAAGUGUUGCUAGUUUAUUGCAUAGACUUGGUUUGGGAAAAUAUGCUAUAAUC